AUGACUAAAGGACGAACGUGUGGAUGGCUUUGGAGCCCCCGUUUUCAUGGGAUCGUGGUUGGAUUACUCGCCUUGGCCAACGCCACUUGUUCCAUCAUGGCUUCGACCUAUCUAAGGAUAAAGUUCGAGGAUUUCCAGAAAGUUCCAGAUAAUCUUUCCCUGUACUAUCGGUACGCCACGAUUGAUAUCAUAUUCGUAGUUAUCAUAGUCCUGGUGGUUAUCGCCUACUUUAUUGGCAUUGCCAAGGUUAAUGAGUACUACAUCAUACCGUUUGGCAUUCUGCUGUUGUUGGAUUUUAUGGGCUUCGUGGCGACGGAAAUGGCCACCACGCUCAACAGCAAUACUCCCGAACUUUUCCAGGGUCGAACACCUGGUACCCUACUCGAGAUGGGUGUGUUUGGUUAUAUGUUCGUGGUUGUUUUUUACUUGUUCCGGAAUCUGCAGCGCGACCGGCGAAUGCACGAGGAGCGGUUACGUGGAUAUCGUAGUUUGAGCAGCAGCGCCGAACACAUUGCAAUGUGA